AUGGCCUCACUAUCCCAUACCUCCCGCACCCUAUUGCGCGCGCUUCCUCGUCGUGCCAAUCCAACGGCCCUUCCCAUCCGGGCCCUCUCCACCUCUUCCAAGAAAGCCGACACCACAAGCUCCUUCGACAGUCCCUUCCGUGGCAUGGGCAAUGACCAGGCUUCAAAGAUCCCAGAUUUUGGCAAAUACAGAAGCAAGAGUGGAACAAACAGCAAUCUAGUCUUUCAAUACUUCAUGGUCGGAACGAUGGGAGCGUUGACAGCGGCGGGGGCAAAAGCUACCGUACAAGAUUUCUUGGUUAACAUGUCUGCAUCCGCCGAUGUUUUGGCUAUGGCCAAGGUUGAAGUUGAUCUUUCAACCAUCGCGGAGGGCAAGAACGUCAUCAUCAAAUGGCGCGGAAAGCCAGUCUUCAUUCGCCACAGAACCGCCGACGAGAUCAAGCAGGCUGAGAACGUUAAGGUCGAGUCACUACGAGAUCCACAAUCGGACGCAGACCGUGUUCAAAAGCCAGAGUGGCUGGUUAUGGUUGGUGUCUGCACACACUUGGGUUGUGUACCAAUUGGCGAGGCUGGUGAUUACGGAGGAUGGUUCUGCCCAUGUCACGGAUCCCAUUACGAUAUCUCUGGCCGUAUAAGAAAGGGCCCAGCACCUCUCAAUCUUGAAAUUCCGGCAUAUGACUUCCCAGAGGAUAACUCGCUUGUAAUUGGUUAG